AUGGCGUCUAUAGCAGCACUUCAACGUGACUUGGAAAUAGCGAGGGAAGGGCUAAAAUCCGUGGAUGAGAACAUCAAGAAAUUAACUGGUAGAGAUCCUUCGGAGUUCAGGUAAUUAACUGCAGCAGUUUUAUGCGGUUAUCCUUUUUAUCUCCUGAUGUUUACAUCAGGAAAUGCCCUUGUUAAACUGAUAUCUUUAUCGGGAAUGAUCGCUCUGCAGAAUUUAAAUUAAACCAAAUCAUGUAGUUGUUCUGUAUUGGAGUGGCGAAUGCGCAUUUGCUUGUAUUUUAUUUUACUUUUUUUCUAGAAGAAGCAGCUUCAUCUUUGACUAUGUUAGUGUUGUGAGAGAACUAAAAUGUUCUGUAAAGACCACCAGUCUCGAGUUCCAUUGAAUGGUCAUGCAUAUUUAUCGCACCGUCAACCCGAUCGGCUGAUCAGACAUUUAUUGCUUGUAAUCUCCUUAAUAUUGACGAACUAUUUCACAUGACUGAGCUUAAUGAAUCCUAUCUCCAUCUUAAGGAAGCAAGUCACAAUCUGUCAAAACAGUACAGCUAGAUUGUUGAAUUCUGCAUGACAGCAUUUUCUCAGACACAUCAUAGAUCUUCCCACUUAACUUUCCUGACCUUUUCUUUACCAGAUUGGUUCACCACAGGUGUUACAAAUGUCUUGUUCUGCGUAUUGAUAGGCAACUUGGUUCGCAGUGCCUUACUUGGUGAAAAGGUGAAAAAAACACUUGUAAAUAAAGUUGGUCUAACAGUUACAGUAUUUAUUUAAUAGACCUGCAGCAGGACGGCGUGUGACAUUAAAGAGGGACUUCUCAGAGAGGACCAUGGGACAAGGACCAGCGGCGAAAAGACGUGAUUCAACUGGUGCACAAGGAAGGUUAGUGCCAUUGUUAAUUACUCUCAUUGCUUUGCUCUGGGUCCCUUUGCUUUAGGCUAAUAACUUCUGGCAUUUAACAACAAGGAAGACUUUCUUGUUGCUCAAAACACUUACUGUUGAGUACACUCAAUUUUCUAGUUAUGAGGCCAGUACCGUAUUUUCUAGUCAAUAAGUCAACCUUAAAAGUCUUUAAAAUCGGUGCAAAAAAACAACCUCAACAAAAAUAAACAAUGGGCAAAAGAUGGAGAGUAAAAAAAUGCCUGAUGUUCCAUGAACUAGUUGAGAAGUUUGAAAUGCAAAGUGACAAUACUGUUGAGUUUUGACACAGCAGAGAUUGGUUUCAGUUUGUGGCAAUUUCUUUUGUCUUCCUUGUCCUGAAAACAAUCAUAGUCAAGAAGAUGGCAGUUUGGAGCUCUUACUGACGUUUUCAGGUUUUUCCAUAGACUUUGGAGCCGCGUGGUGACUACAAGAACAUCACAAGACAAGACACGCCCUUCCUCGCGACUGGAUAGUGAAGGUGAAGAAGAGGAGGAGGACACAGACAAGGUACGAAAUAAAUAUUUAGUGCAAUUAAGCUGAAGACUUCUAAACUCAUUGAAUUCAUCUAACAUAGAAUCUUAAGCAGCUUUUUAUCAUUGUCUAGAUUCUCCUUUUAAUUUGCUUCAUUCUUUCCUCAUGCACCGUCACUUAUUAAAAAUGUUUAUACAACACAUAUAAAGUGUUUGAAUAAUAAUAAUAUUAAUGAUAAUGAUAAAACACUUCUAUAACACUCUCCACAUCCACUAGUUGUUUGUGGCGUUUUACAACAAAAUUAAAAAUAAUAAUUAAUAUGGGUAAAUACAUAAAAAUAGAAAUGAGAAGAUAUAAAACAUUAAACUCUAAUGAUAAAUUAAACCAUCAUUAAUAAAUUUUCUAAAAAGGAGGGUCUUGAAUUUUUUUUUUAAAGAACAAACACUGUUUGAGUUCUGAAUGUCUAAGGGAAUACUGUUCCACAGUCUAAGGCCACAUGUGGAAAAUACCCUUUCACCAUAUGAUUUAGUUUUGGACUUUGGUUGCAAAAGAAGUUCUAAAGAAUUUGAACGAAGUGUCUUGGAAUGAUUCUGGUACUGAAGUAAUUCGACCAAAUACCGAGGGCCAAGAAGUGGACUUAUAUGAUCAAACUUCUGAGCACCAGUUUCAAAACGAGCUGCCACGUUCUGUAGCAGUUGAAUUUUUCUCGGAUGAUAUUUGGGUAAUCCAUAAGAAAGAGAGUUACAGUAAUCCAAUUUAGAAGUUUUUAUAAAAUUAUGUACAACUGUGGCAGAUGUUUCUUUGUUAAGAUACUUUCUGAUCUUGAAAAGACUGCAGUCUAUUGUGUUCUUGUAAUAGAAAGUUAGAAAAGAAAGUGAAUGUCAAGAAUGAACAACUUUGAUCUAAACAACUUCUCCCACAUGUACAUUGUAUCUGUCCACAUGUAACAUGUUUUGUUAUUGUUUUUCCUUAGCCUGCUAUCCAGUCCUCAGUUGUUGCUACACCUACGCCAUCUCGCCUCAAACGAGACAUCAUCACCAAAACUGACGAUAAAACAAAAUCAAGGUUUGCUGAUCAUUAUUUUUUCCUUAUGAGAAUUCAGUCAAAUGUGCUAUAAGUGGACACCACUAGGACCAGAAAAAGUGUCUGCAGUUUGACUGUGUAUCAGCUACCGUAAAAUUCCGAAAAUAAGCCCAAGGGCUUAUAUUUUUCAAAGACCCUUUUUGAGGGGCUUAUGUACGGAGGGAAAUUUGCGUUUCAAAAUCGAUUGGGCUAGCUUGUAGUGGGAAGGAAAUUUACCAUUUUUGCUUUGUUUUACUUUGUAUUUGAGGGCAAAUUCCAAGUACAAGCCCCCCGGGGGGCUUAUAUUCGGAGGGGCGAUUUAACGGAGGGUUUUUUGCGUUACAAUUUAUGUGGCUAAAUGUAAUUUAGGCAAAGUUAACCUCGAAGCAAUGCUGGUCAGCUGUUUCCCCAGCUAUAUUAGGGGUGGCCCGAUGUCUCUAGCAGGGGCACCUCGUGACUUAUAUACGCAGUUGCUUGCUUGCAGUUCUUCGCAAAGUGUUGUUUCAAUUGCUUGCUGUUUGCGUGCCAGUUUGUGCUUUGGUUUUUCCCAUCCCUCCCUCCCUCUUGGUGUGGGCUAGGUAAGUACUGGGUCGGUAAGUAUUCCACUGAAUUGUUCAGUGUGACGGUGCCUGGUGGGGGCUGCUCGCAGGGUUGCCAUGGAUACCUCCUCCUCAUGCUAGAGCAUUGCCCAGCUCCACCAACUUCGAAGGCACCAACGCCCAAGCUCAUCUAUUGGUGAUGAGUUUAAUGGGGGGCUUAUAUUUGGAGGGGCUGAUUCAUGGAGGGGCUUAUUUUUGGAAUUUUAUGGUAUCUUUGGAUCAUUUCAAUAGUCAACUUUAUGGCAGAAUCAUUUUCACACGAUGAUAAAUUAUUAAUUUUUCUAAUUUCAGUGUAUACAAGAUUGUUGUCUGGUUGGUUGCUCUUGCGAUUAAAAGAGACUCUUGGAAUUUGUUUAGUUAUGCUUUACGUAAAUUGUCAUUGAAACCUUCACAUCUUUGGGAAAAAAUUGUUCAUUAAUUUUUUAUCUUUGGUGAAACACCAGUUGAUUACAGCUGGUUAUUUUCAUUGGGUGAUUGUUUUUUAGGGUGAAUUUUAUAAAGAUAUUGUCUGUUUGCUUGUUUUGGAUGUUCAGGUGUCUCCAUCAUAAAAACACUGUUUGUAACAUUGUGUUGUUAUUUUUCAGAAAUAAGAGGAUGUUUGGCAUGUUGCUGGGCACACUACAGAAGUUUAAAGAUGACAGCUCUCAAAAGACCGAAAAGGUUUGUACUUACAAACUGUAUUUUAUGGACAGUGUUUGCCUCUUUGCAUUGUAUGCAUGAAGCUCACUCAGCCCUUAAAGUCAAAGAUCAAACUGAAAAUUCUUCACAUUGUCUGUAAUACAUUUCUCAUGUUAUUGGUGUUAUUGAUGAGGAGAAUUUGGUUAUAAAUCAAUACAUUGUAUCUUUGUAUUUCUGUGAAAUCUUAAGGAUAAUUUUCUCAUAAAUUGAUCACAUCUAUAACUCUUAAAAACAAUGUCUCUUGAUGAUCAGGACAUACGAAGAGAAGAAAUCAACAAAAAGCUUGAAGAGGCAGAACAGAAAGAAAAAGAGGAGUUGUCCUCUCAAAGAAAAGAAUUGUUUACAGAAAGGAGAGCAAAGCAGGCAGAGCUGAGACUUUUGCAAAGAAAAGUUGAUAUGGCUGAGCUGGUAAUGGAGAUAAUUUUCUUUAUGAAAGUAGCAAUAGAGUAACAACAUAAAGUAGAUUUGCAUUUUGAACCCUUGUCUCUUCAUGCGCCUUUGAGUUGUUUGUUUAUUAUCUCUCUUUUCCCAGCUUCAAAACUUUGUGAUGGCAAAUAAAUUUAAGGGAUAACCUUGCAAUAGUGACUCCAUCAGAAGGAGGAAGUAUCACUGUCAGUCAUGCUGGUAUUAAACUUCAGCAGGGACCCUGGACCCUACUUUUGAAACAUUUACCUUAACAGAAGGAAUUGGAGAACUUAAGCUACGUCCACAUGGCGCUGAACCAAUUUCCAGCUGGUUGAAAAUUUGUUUUUUUAGUUGCUCUGUUCACGCGGAACCACCUUAGCUGUUCGAAAAUUCAAAGUUCUAUGUGAACAGUGCAAAAAAGUGUGUGGUCAAAUUUUUCUGCCAGUUGAAAGGUAUUUUUCAUUGCCAUGUGAACUUAGCCUUAGAUCAUUAUUAUAUCUUAUGUAUCUCUUAUUUUGUCCAUUUUCUAGCAAGAAGAGUGGGAUAAGCAUGGUGAAAAACUGAGUCACUUCAUAAUGACAAAAGCCAAUCCACCCAUCUUCUACAUGCCAGCCAAACAUAAUGACAAGACACAGAAAUUAUUGGAGGAAUCCACAAGAUCUGUGAAAAGUAACUGAAUAAUAGUGGCCAUAAAAAUUUAUUAUUGUAAUGUAAAUAACUAUUAUAACAAAAAAAAAGUGCAAACUUAAAUUAGUAAAUUACCCAUGUACUAUUUGCCUGUGGGUGAAUGUUGAUGAAAUCUAGGGUAUGCUCAAAGCAAUUUUGGCUGUUUAAUGUGAACUGCAACAUUGUUCUCUGGGUAUUCUUCCCCCCUUCCCCUACCAUGCCCCAAUAAUCAACACCUCCUUAAAUUAUUUGAAGUUUGACCUGGAACACAGAAACAUGAUUGUAUUGUAUGAUCUCCUUAGAGUUUCAAUUACAAACUUUAUUGCCAAAGAAAGUACAUUUAAGUUAACACUCAUUUUGUUUACUCUGAAAUUGCAGUUGUGCACCUUGUGACAAAUCCCGCCACUGAGGACACUAUUUGUAUAACAAGAAUAUUUUUGUUUUCUAGGAGCAAUGGCCAAACGCAGAGCAGAAAUUGAAGAGGAGCAAGAGCAAGAAGAAGAAAGAAUGAGGAACGCCAGGUUGUCUGUUGCUAACGAGGGUGAGAGUGUGAGUAAAGGGAGGGUAGAUAGUGUUGAAGGUGAUGCAGAUGGUGAUGUGGAGAUGGUAGAAGAAAGCCAUGGAGAGGUAAGAGAGAAAAGGAGGAAGAGAAGUGAGAGCAAAGAUGCAGAGAAUGGAGUCAGAGAGGAGAGGGGUGUUAGAGAAGAACGAGAGGGAGAAAGGAUAGAAAACAUGGAAGAGGAAGAGGGUGAGAUAGAUUAGGUACCAGGAACACAAAAAGUAGGGUAUCAAGUUACCUUCUCGGGGUUAUUUCAGUGCUUGCUGAUGAGUAAUCUCACCCAACCCUCCCCUCCUCAGUUAGCACAUCCCUACCCUAAUGCCUCCCAAACACACCCUACUUCACAUAUCUCAUCCAGACAUGUAGGUCUGACAACACUUGGAUUGGUUGCGUCUGUAAAAGCUCAAGAGACUUUAAAUGACUCUGAUCAUUUAAGUGCCCAAAAUAUUGAAAUAAGUUUGUUCAAUUCGAUGGAUUUAGAACGUUUUCGCAAACUGAUGCAAUUUGUAUCUGUGUAACACAUCCCUUAGCCAAAGUAAGUUAGUUUAUAUUCCACAUUUUUCCGUUCCUGGACUGGCUUAUCUAAGUUGUAGGGUGAUGAAAAGUUAGGCUUUUUGUGCUCUUGUUUUAGCGGGUUGAGUUCUUAUUAGUUUGUUCGUGAGAGUGACAAGUGUAACGAUGCAGAUGAGACUGACUUUCUUACCAAGCAACUAAGUGAUACUGUGGCCAGUUAACUAUUUGACUGACUGGCUGACAGUAUGGCUGACCAACGAACUAGCUCUCUAACAGAUUAAUAAUUGACUGAGUGACUGACUGACAGACAGACAACUGGCUCGCUGACUGUCUGACUAGCUACAUGUAGCUGACUGACUGACUGACUGGCUGGCUGGCUAGCCAACUGACUGACCAACCAAAGCCUGUUGUGUAUGGAAGGAAUGCACUUUAAUAGUAAACGAACAUUGGAAGGGAAGUCUAUCUUCUGUUUCCAAAGUUGCAUUGUGUUGAUUUUCCUUUGUGAGUUGAGGAAGACAAAUGAUUUUAAUAUGAGGAAAAGACUUUUAAGUUUUUCUGUUUCACCCUUAUCUGAAAACAUUUCUUUCAGUAACUGUUGUAACCCCUUAAUAACAAUAAAUUUGUGGAAAACAAAUAAAGAGAGAAUCCACCAUCCAU